AUGUCAUGUAUCAAGUCUCGGAAAGCUUAUGGGCUUGCCCAAACAAGCUUUGCUGUUCAAGGUUUUGUGCAUGCGUUGCAACUAGUUCUUUUAGAGGCUGUCCCUGACAUUGAGAAGAGCAUGCCGGUUGAUACUCCUGUCUUCGUUGGCGAGGAUUCCGAAGAAGAAGUUGUAGUGGUUGGUGCUGUGGCAUUGGCAAAGUUAGUUCAAGAAGGCCACCAAUGGUCUGGUGAUGAAUUUGGAGGUGGUGUGGUUGCGUCUGCGCUUCCUAUAGAACCUAAAGAAAAAGCAGAAGGGAAAAAAGUUGUAAAGUCUAGGAAGAGGAAGAAGUCUCCUGUUUGUGGCAGCAGUAGUGAUGGUAGCCAGCCUAUUGUUGCUCCUAAAGCUGUUGCUCCUUUUUCCAAGGGUAAGGUCAAACCCACUAGCCGUGGCAAAAAGGCAGUUCUACCCAAGCGGAAACGGAUGCGUGUUGAUGGAAGGUUGAGACAGAUUAGAGAUGAUGAUGAGACUGAAACGGCUACUGUCCCAGUAGGGGAUGAGUCUGAAACGGUUGGUGGCAAAGGAGGGGAGGAAGGAGGGGAGGAAGGAGGGGAGGAUGUUAGAAUGGGUACUCAAGAAGGAGAGGCUUCUGUUACUAUGGAGGAUGUAGAGACUGAAGAAAGAGGUUGCAAAGAAGGGGAGGAUGUUAGAACGGCUAGUCAACAAGGAGAUGCUGAGGAACAUCUCGAUUUACAUCCGGAUGAUACUGUUAAAUUUGUGCUUGAUUCUCUGAACCGUGGUAGAGCGGAGGUCUCUGAGAAUUUAGGUCCUGAUUUUGAGCAGGAGGAUCCUGCUGUUCUUAGUGGGGAUGGUCUUAAGGACCAGGAUGAUGCUGCCAAAAGUGGGGAUGGUCUUAAGGACCAGGAUGAUGCUGCCAAAAGUGGGGAUGGUCUUGAGGACCAGGGUGUUGCUGCCAAAAGUGGGGAUGGUCUUGAGGACCAGGAUGUUGCUGCCAAAAGUGUGAAUGAUGACGCUGAAUGUCAGGGGAAGGAAUCUGCUGAGAGUGGAAGUCUUGCUCUCUUUCCUACUUGGGCUUCUGUUGGUUCAGAGGAAAAUGUGUCAGGGGAAGGGGAUGCUAGUGAUAAGAAGUGGUUGGAAUUUGAGAAGUAUUUAGCGGAUAAUGGGAAAUUGUUUUUUGGGGGGAGCUUAUUCCUCGUAACCAAGGACGUGGAGGAGAUUGUUGGACUACAAGUUGUUAUGGGACCAUGGAUGAUGGAUGCAUUUAUCAAGUAUUUCCGUGAUAAGUGGGCAAACUUAGAGGUUGGCUUAAAUGAACGCAGGGUGGUUUUUCAGGGGACAAAAUUUGCUUCCCUUGUCCUUGCUCAUCGACUCAAAUUUGAAAAAUCUGUUAAGAAGAAGUAUGUAUUCGACCAAGAUUUGAUGUCGUGCUUCCCUCUGAACUUUGAUUCACUCUACUUCCCAUUCAACUUUGACAAACAACACUGGGUAGGGAUGUGCCUUGAUAUCAGGGGGAAAUAUCUCUAUGUGUUUGAUUGCAACCAGAAGGUGCGUCGGGACACUAGUCUCCGGAAAGAAAUAGAACCUUUGUUGGAGAUGCUCCCUUUCGUUGUUCGCCAAGUAUCGCCUCAGCUGAUGAAAGCAGUCUCCAGUGACCCAUUCAUCCUAAGCAGAGACUCACUUCUUCCGACUUGUCUAAACCCUUCGGAGAGUGGCCUUAUGUCUGUUUUGUUCAUACAGAGGCAUGCAGUAGGUUGGCUUCAAGCGGCUAGAGAGGUUAGGACUGAGGACUUGGCUGUUCAAGCGAAGCAAUUGCUGAUUGAGAUGUAUGAUGUGUAUGCUGAGAAGUAA